CUCUCUGGGUUUCAGUCUUCUUACUUCUGAGCGCCAAUGGCUCUGGACUCUCACAUAGAGAAGGUCCUAUGGACGGCCGGCGAAAUCUCCGACCGCGUCGCCGAGCUAGCCGCGGAGAUCACCUCCGACUUGUCCCCCAAUUCUCCGGCCCCGGUCCUCGUCGGAGUCGCCACGGGAGCUUUCGUCUUCCUGGCCGACCUAGUCAGGCAAAUCAAGCUGCCGAUUUCAGUGGAUUUCAUCCGCGCCGAUUCCUACGGCGCCGGAACAGAAUCCACCGGCGCUCCACGGCUCUCCCUCGACCUGAAGCUGGACGUCACGGGUAAACACGUCAUUCUGGUGGAGGACAUUGUGGAUUCGGGGAGCACAGUGGCGAGUCUGAUUGGACACUUGGAGAAGAAGGGUGCGUCGUCGGUGUCGGUUUGCGCUUUUCUGGAUAAGCCGGCGAGACGGAAAGUUGAGUUUCGGGUUGUGGGUAGUGGAAAUUACUACAGAGGAUUCGAGUGUCCAGAUUACUUUGUGGUGGGAUAUGGAAUGGACUUUGCUGAAGUAUACAGGAACUUGCCCUAUGUUGGUGUCUUGAAGCCUGAGUUCUACAGUUAGUAAAGAGUCAAAUCAGUCCCACAAUUGCGAGCCCGGUACAAAGUAUCAGAACCAUUCUCUGGUUCUUCAAAAUCUACUCUCCCGGUUUCUGUUUGCAGAAGGUCCCGGAUUUUGACAGAACACACUUGAAAUUUUCUAUCUUUCUAUUGAUUGCCUCGGUUUCUCAAUGGAGGCGUUUCGAUAACAAUGGCAUUAAAAGAGUUUGCAGUUUCUUUCUUACUGAAAUUGCAUCGCCAAAUCUCCCAGCAGCUUUCAUGGAAGAAAAAGUCUUGGGAGUUAAGAGGCCUGGAGAGGGGGGGGACCCUUCAGUCCUAAACCGUGUUGUAAUCACUGCCCGAUGUGGAAACUUUCAGCAUAUUCUUUGUGCCAUGGUGCCCAAAGUACAGUUUGACAUGAAUUCGCAUCCGUUGAAAUUAAUCAGUCGGCACAUAUGGUUGUUGGAUCUAAGAAUCCAAUGGCUC